AAACAAAUAAUCUCAUAAAAUCUGGAUAGAUCAUAUAAAUAGAUCAUUUGGAUGGAGAUGAUAGAAGGGGAAAUAAACAGCCCCUUAGUGUAACAGCAACCACUCACCGAUUUUUAAUCCCUUCAUAUUAAUGCCAAACCAACAAAAAAAAAAAAACCUUUGGUGGACUUGAUUUGUCAAAACUCGUUUUCACACAACAAACAUUUUGCACCUUGGCGCAUUUUCCUUGACAUUUUGCACGGACUUCACUGAAACUUUAGAGAAAGAAAUAAAUAAAAAAAUAAAAUAAUCUGAAAUCCGGUUUAAAAAAACAAACUCGUGACACUGGAGCAGUCGUCAAAUUCCAAGACAAAACGCCAAUUCUUGUUAAUUAUUUUCACAAGUGUAAAACUCACAUCGCACGCUUUUGUCUCUCUUGAUAGAAAGAAGAUAUUCGUUGUCCUUUCUGUUUUCUCCGGUCACCGGGAAACUGCAUUUUAACUCUCGAUGGCGAUCACUGACCGUCAGAAUCCGAAUGCUGAGGAGAAGAAGAAGCUGCUAUUCAAGCUAUGCCCGUUCUUCUGGCAGAGGAGAACCACCACCGCCUCUUCUUCUUCUAAGCCGUCCUUGGCGAGAUCAAUUCUGCCGGCUCGCCGUCGUCUCCGACUAGAUCCUUCCAGCUAUCUCUAUUUCCCUUAUGAAGCUGGUAAACAAGUGAGAAGCGCAAUCAAGCUUAAGAACACUAGCAAAUCUCACACUGCAUUCAAGUUCCAAACAACUGCACCUAAGAGUUGUUACAUGCGUCCUCCUGGUGGUGUGUUGGCUCCAGGGGAGAGCGUCUUUGCAACCGUGUUCAAGUUCGUGGAACACCCAGAGAACAACGAGAAACACAAGUUAAACAAGAAGAGCAAGGCUAAGUUUAAGAUUAUGAGCCUCAAAGUGAAACCGGGUGUCGAGUUUGUGCCCGAGUUGUUUGAUGAGCAAAAGGAUCAAGUAAUCGUGGAGCGGGUUCUUCGGGUCAUUUUUCUUGAUGCGGACCGCCCAAGUGCUGCACUGGAGAAACUGACACGUCAAUUGGAGGAAGCUGAAGCUGCUGUUGAAGUAAGAAAGAAGCCUCCACCAGAGACAGGGCCUCGUGUUGUUGGGGAGGGUCUUGUCAUUGACGAAUGGAAGGAGCGAAGAGAGAAGUACCUUGCUCGACAACAAGUCGAUUCCAUAGAUUCUUCUUCCUAAAUUGCACAUGGAUUUGUUAUUAGCGGAGAGUUGUUAUCCCCCGUUGAUAGAUGAUCUGACUCCAGAUCACCAAAUCUGCCAGCUCUAACAACUUCAACUAGCAUGAUGAUGACGACUUAACACACAACAACACAAAGCAGACUUGGUGGCACUACUUCCACUUAUCGAACGAAAUCUUAACCGAUAAACACACAAGUGAACCGGCAUGACAAAAUAUAUAAAGAUGAUGCUUUUUUUAGCUAUUCUAUCUUUUACUAAUCAAAAUCGCAUGUAUAUUAAUCCUGAAGCAUUACAACAUGUUUUCGUAGCCACGUGUCAUCACUAAGAUGAUUAUUAGAAUCAUUCAGAAAAUAAGUUGGUCCAUACGUAAAUAUAUGUUAUAUUUUUUAUUUAACUAACCAUCAAAUUGAUUAGUAACGUAUAAAGUAAUAUUCUCAUUUUUUUCUUUAAAUAAAAGUUACGAAAUUACCUAAUAUGGUUAACAUAUAUAUGAUAAUUAAUGAUUAUGAAUAAUAUAUAUUUGAUAACAAUUUUUGUAUCCUCUUUUUUUGUUUAAUUUUAUAUUAUUAAAAUAAAUUAAACAAUUACAUUAAGUAUAUAAUAAAA